AUGUUAAUUCUCUCAAGCCUGCUCCUUCUGGGAGUCUAUGGCAAAGAGAGACUAAUAAAAUUUGCCAAGAACCAGCUGGUUGUAGACAAUACCGCGUCCAUCUUGAUCGGAGGUGAUUUCAGAGAGCACAAUCCUACAAGUGUACAGGCCAAAGCGGGCGGUAAAACGUUCAAUUGCGUCAUCAAAGAAUCCACCGAUGACUCUAUCAAAUGCUCUCUUGCUCUUCGAAAGCACAUUGACGAGUACCGAUUUACUCUUUUCUCCCGAACUGAUGAUGGACUUACAGAGCUAGUUUGUGAUAAACCGCGAAACUGCCUCGUUUCUGUGGACGGAGCACCAACUCGAACACCGAACUUUGAGCAAGGUGUCAAGCGAUUCGCCCCAGAAGCCGCGCCAAUUAUCACUGAAGUUGGCCCAGCUGAGGCGUCCUAUCGAGGUGGAACUGUCUUUACGAUUGCCGGUGUCAAUUUCGGAGAGUCUCUCGAGUCCUUCGGUGAAGAGGGAAGAAGCGACAACAGUGAUAUCCAUGUCUUUUUCGCCAACGGGCUGACGUACAUUCCAUGUCCCUUGAUCACUCACUGGUACAACCCCGGAGAAAUCGCUUGUCAAGCGGAGCCUUUUGGAAGAGAAGCGCAGUGGGCUACUUUGGUUUACCUCAACGGCGAAAAGCUGAUUGCUAACUGCGGUGAUUGUAUCGUCCAGACCAGAAGUCCAGAUUCAGGAAACACAGUGGGCUUUGAAGUUCUCCAUGGCAACGUUGCUUAUCCGGGUCCGGCACCAGAGUGGACUGAGUGGACAUCAGUCACCGGAACCGUCGAUGGACAGGAGCUGAUCUUCAUGGACACAUUUUACGCCCAUAAUUUUGGCUGCCGCGCUCCGAUCGCCUUCCAGGCCCGACAUCUUGACGGCACUGUUUUGAGUGAAGAAGAUUUUGAAGACUUUUUUGAAGGUUCGCAGGCCUCGAAGAUCAUUUGCCCCGAAGACGGCUGCGAUGGAUUUGAGUUCAGAUUCCUCUGCGACGAGAACUCCUUCUUCAUCAAUCUUGAUGGCGACCGCGACAACAAGGACUACUCGGCCUUCGACGUCGAUGAGCGAGAGAAUCACUUAAUGGCGAUCGAAAUCGAAACUGACUUCCCUACUCCUGGCAUCGUCGCAUCUUGUGGACUUGGAUACACAGACUCUGAUGAGCUCCAUCAUCUCUACUCCGUCUAUGCAAAGGAUAGAUGGAACGGUGCUGCGACUUGCCGAGUUGAUGCCCGAGCGAUCGGAGACUUCACUAUCUCGCCCAUUCAUUUGAAAGCGGGUCGAGGUGUCGCUGAACAAGAUUCUCUCUACAUGACGGAAGACGGAACAACAGCUAAUUUCGGUCUGGCACCAAGAAUUGACUCGAUCACCCCAGCCGAAGGUUCUCGAUUCGGCGGAACAUUCAUCACAAUUACUGGUCGAAAUCUCGCAAAUAACCAUCAACAAACAAAAAUCGUCCUUGCUGGAAAUGUUCCCUGCAACAUCGUGAGCUCGUCUGCUUCUGAAAUCAUCUGCCAAGUUGAAAGACAAGAAAUCGACACGAGUGGACAAACCAUUUUCCCUGGCGGUCUUGGCGCCAUCGACUAUUUUGGCGAUGGAACAGAGAAAACGCAGUACGAAUUGAAAUCGGAAAGUGGCGACAUGAAAGGAUUUUUCCGAGUCCCAGUUUCCGGUCACUACGUUUUGAACAAUGGACUUAACUACGACCUGAAUCAAGAUGGAAACUAUGUGAGCUCAGGAAGCUCAAAAGUCUUCCUGGAUGCCGACCUUCAGUAUGGAUUUGAAGCAAGUCAAUCCAAAGCUUAUGGUUAUGUUUUCCACGGCGAUGGAAGCGAACAAACACUCGACUCUCUGAUCCCACCAUACAAGACCAUUCAACCAACUGGACACGAGUUGGAAACUCAACUUGAGCGACAACAAGUAAAGGUUUUCUCGAGCAGCGCUGAAAAGACAAAACACGUGAUUCUUCUUGAAACUGGAUCUGUCUCGAGCAGCGUCGAAUUCCGACUUCGACUUCGCGGCGGAGGGUCAACUCGCCAGACUGAGUUGCUUACAUUCAGCGAUCUUGCAUCGAAUGGUGCUUCCCUUCUCAACUCGUGGUUUGCAGACGGCUUCAACGCUGGCGCUGACAUUGAUUCCGUUGAUGUGUCUGCAUCUCAUGGCAAUGCCAGAAUCACGGUUACUUUCAAAGGUCCAGGUUGCGAGAACACGCUUUCCGCAAUUGAAGUUGUCCAUGCAAACGUUGUCUCCGAAAGCAGACAGUUCACGAAUGCUUUUGGAGACUCGACAACUGGUUUCAGAAGCACAAUCAAUGCCGAUGGGCAAACACUCGUUAUCGACACUUGGGAACACCAAAUGAUCAUUCCCGGCGUUUCUGGAAGUUUCCAGCUUCAUUACAAAACUUGGUCGUCCGAAGUCAUCGACUCCGAAACGAUUCUCGAAGCGGAUCUCUUGACAAUUCUCAAUACAGCUCAUCUCGAUCUUUACACCGCAACAAUCGAUCAUUUUGAGCGCUCAUGUUCAAACGGAUUUUUCUUCCGAGUUCUCUUCCAAAAGGUCGGAGACUUCCCAGAAAUCACUGCCACCAGCAACGAUAUGUCUCCUGAAGCCAGCGAGACCUCCGGCACUCGACAUGGUGGUGUCGUUGUAGCCAAAAUGCCAGGAACAGCAUUGACAAAGGCGCUUGAUACUCCUCAAGUUCAACUUUUUGUGAAAAAUAUCGCGGCAUCUUGUGAAAACUGCGACUUUACUUUUGUUACUGCAGAUACUGCCACUUCAAUUAGCACAACUUCAAUUACGCUAAACGGUCAAUCUCAGUCUCUCACAAUCUCUGGAAGCGGACUUGACAGCACAGCAAUUGUCAUGUUUGGCGAAACGUCUUGCACUGCCGAGACAGAUUUCUGUACUAUCACUUCAGCAACGUCCUCCAGUGUCACUGUUUCCUUCACAAAAUUGCCCUGGGGAACUAGUCCUGUCUACGUUGUGACCGAUUCUGGCUUUGCUGACUUUACUCCAGGAUUGGAGGUCACAGUCUCUUCAUCACUUGGAGUCUCUGUUUCCGUUGGAGCAAACGGUCGAAACGUCAACGGUGGUACACUCGUCACCAUCAGCGGCGGUGGUUUCGGACUCGCCAAGAGAGUUAUCAACUUCGGAGGGAUCGCUGCUGAGGAGGUUGAUCGAACGAUCGAUGACGUCGUUGUCCGAUCACCUGAGCAACCUGCUACCCGAAACGGCGAAGUCGACAUCACGGUCGACGGUGACGAUGGCUCUCUCACUACAUACGUGUAUGAUGCUGCUGGUGACGAUAUUGACAUGAGCGUAUCUAGCCUCAGUGUCACUGGAGACACAGUUACUAUCACAUUCACGCGAACGCUAGCCGACGACACUGUCACUUUUUACAUCGAAACGACUCCAUUCCAUACUGCUCAAGUUACCGGAAAUACUUACGAGUUGUUUAUUCCAGCGAUGGAGCCUGGAAGUUAUAAUUUCCGAGCACUUGUUGGCGAUUUCGGAUUCACCAACUGGUACAGCAUUGAUACUCUUCUUAGCGUCAACACAGUUGUCCCGGCUGCGUCCUCAAUGGCUGGUGGAGCAGUGAUCACGAUCAACGGAGAUGGCUUCGGAACUAAUCAAGAACUGACUCAAGUCACAAUCGGCGGUACCAACUGCGAUAUUCUCACUCAAACCGACAAGAAAAUCACCUGCCUAACCCACUCACAGUACAAGACGCAUGUAGCAACCUUCGUUGGUACAAAUUGGGCUCCUGCUCAUUUCGUCAUCAAUCAGAAUGACAAGAUCGUCUGGCAAUGGCAGCUCGGAACCUCCAUCAAUGUCAACCUUGAGUCCGUCCCAGCUGGCGAAUUCUCAUACCCUGCUCAGAGCGCUGCAGUCGGCGAAGUUUCUCGAGUCUUCGACGAAGCUCCAGGUUUCUAUACCUACACAACUGGUGCGAUCGACAACCUUGGAACAUCCACCCCCGUCGGAACUAUUCAAAUCGAAGCGCCUGUUGAUAAUGAACAGCAAGUUGUCGUUCACGUCAAUGGCUUUGUUGCGCUCAAGGAUCAAGUCCGAAGAUGGAAGAAAAAGAAGCCUUCCAAGAACUGCGCGCCAAUUGACGCUGACAUCUCAUCUCAAAUCGUCGAGAAUUUCGUACCAGCAAACUGCACCGGUUGCUUGAAGCAUACUUUUUCAUACUCACGAACUCCGAUCGCCACUGGCGGUUCCUGGUUCGGAAGUACAGUAAUGGUCACUGCAUCUGGCCUCGCUGAUAACAACGCGUGUAUUGAUCAAUACGAAAUGUACGCUAUUACGAAGAAUAACCCUGAAGCUAAAAUCCCGUUUACGGUCACAUCCGUCGGCACUGACGGAACAAUCAUGGGCUCACUUGGGGAGACCACAGACAACUGGCCAGUGAAUGAAAAAGUGUACGUGCAGGUCAAUCAGUUCGGUCGUGGCUUGACUCAAAUCGACGAGACAAUCACGGGUCUUCAGAAGACCUUCCAACCAACCUGCUCUGGAAUCUACCCACUUGAGGGUUCAAGACAUGGCGGUGGUAUUCUCACAAUUUCGGGAGAAAACUUUGCUUAUGACAAAUAUCCAACUUGGAAAAUGGCUGUCAAUGUUUGCGAAGAAGUCAUUUCCGUGAGUGGAACAGAGAUUCGAUGCAGACUUGCACCGAGUCAAUUUGUCGGACUUCCACUUACCAUCAAGGUGUAUUACUGCGAAACAGAUUUUGAGGAAUACGACGCGAAUGCCAUCACUCUUUGCGCUAAUACCGGCGACGAAGGUUUCACGAUGACAUUUAGCGGAAAACGAUACACUGGAGUUGAACCAACAAAUGAAAUGACCAACGUUGUCGGCCCUCCAGAAGUUCAAGGCGCCUUUACGGUGGAUUUCGAUCUUCCACUCGUCGGAGAGCCAAGUGUCGUCGCUGGAGAGUGCCGAUUCUGGAACGCGUCUAAUCCUGGCGAAGAUUGGUUCGAUAUGGACGUCACUCACUCCUGCGAUGGCUCAAAUUGUCACUUUUCAAUGGAUCUUCCGUCACCAACCCUAGAUGACUACGAUGUGCGACUAUACCUCAACAAUUACGGAUACAUCCACGUUGGACAAUUUUUCCUCGGACUUGAGAUUAAAUCAUUCGAUAAUGUGAUCAAAAAGGGUUCUAUGGGUGGUGGUCACGUCCUCGAGUUCACCACAAACGAUAAUCUUGGUCAAAUUCCAACUAUGACGAAGGUCACCUUCCAGUUCCAGGGAACCAAUGGAUGGGGAGAUAUUUGCGGUGUCAUUGAAGAUCCAGACGCAUGCAAACUUGUUCCUGUUGGCUCCACAAAACUUCAGCUAAUCACACCCGAUGCUUGGAAAUGGCCAAACGGGCUACCUGGCUUCACCAACAAGGCAUACAUAACCUUCUACAACCAGCUCGGCCAGGUCGAUCCGCGAAUAACUUGCGCCCCAGGUGUUUGUGACUACGAGUACGAUAUUAUGAAAACUAGAAUUAUCACUGAUCAGACGUUGUCUAUCCACCCACUUUGGAACUACCGAUACAUCGCUAAUGAAGAAGUCACUUUUGGAAUCGACAUGUUCCACGAUAAUCCACCCUGUGACGGCAUCACCAUCGCUAUUGGUGAUCGAGAUUGUCCGAUUACCAAUUGCGAUCCUUCUGCUCUCCAACUCACUUGUGCUGUUCCUGGGCAAGCAACCGGAGAGUACAAUCUAUACAUCAAUUUCCCUGGCGUCGGUUACGCUGUCCACCAAGAAUACUGGUUCGAGAUGGGCUAUUGGGUCGACUCCGUCACCCCAGUUGCUGGUUCAUAUGGUGGAGGAACCUCCAUAACAAUCACCGGCAGCGGCUUCUACGACGACGAUAAGAUUGGAACUCUCUGCGGCGAAGAACUUAUCAAUUGUCAGAUUAGCGCAGAUAAUACCGAGGCUAUUUGUCAAACGCCAACGAUUCCCGACUGGAAGUGGGAAAACACCACGGUCUGCGUUUUCGAUUUCUACCACUACGAUCCACCGCAGCGAAACGAUUGGGUUUACACUUACGAAAACUCCACUACUGCGUACAUCAACAGCAUUCAGCCGAAUAAGGGAGGAACUCUUGGUGGCACGAAGAUCACUAUUGUUGGCAAUAAGUUCAUUCCAGGAGAAACGACUGUAACUAUCGAUGAUGUCCCUUGCGACAUCGACUUCAUCAGUGUGGCGGUUAUUGUCUGCGAGACAAAUGCGCAUGAAUACUCAACUGCUCAUCUUGUCAAGGUCACUGUUCCAGAUGGAAACGCAGUUUUCAAUCAUCCCGACGCAGCCAAGUUUUGGUAUGUUGAUCGAUGGAGCUCCAUCUUCACCUGGGGUUGUACUGAGCUUACCAACUGCACGGGCAAGCCUGUUGACGGCGAUAUCGCGGUGAUUCCCUGGAACCAGACCGUUCUUCUCGACGAAUCGACUCCGCUUUUGAAGGUUCUGCUGAUUCAAGGAGGAACGCUUGUUUGGGAUCGAACAGACGGAAUCAAACUCAGAGCAGAAUAUGUUCUCAUCACUGAUGGUGGUCAUUUUGAAAUCGGAAACGAGCACGAUCCAUUCUGUGGAACACCUGAGGAACCUAUAAGCGCGGAAAUCGAAAUGUAUGGCCAUCAUCGCAGCAUCCGUCUGCCUAUCUAUGGUGCAAAAUGCUUUAUCACGCGAGAAGGUACAAUCAACAUGCACGGCUGCCCCAUCGACACCACGUGGACACAGCUAAACAUGACCGCAGAAGCUGGUGAUAGCUCGAUUUACGUUCGAAACCCGGUAACGAACCCUGAUUCUCCAAUGAAAUCAUGGAAAGCCGGAGAUAAGAUUGUUAUCGCGACAACUGGUGGUCGAUUGAGUCUUGCUCAAAGCGAAGAAAGAUACAUUGACUCUAUUUCUGAAGACGGUAGAACUAUCUUCUUGACUGAGCCACUCACUUAUCGUCAUAUUUACCACUACUCCGAAUGGGACGGAGAAAUACUCGAAGUUGCUGCAGAAGUCGCCCUUUUAACAAGAAACAUUAAAUUCUAUGGAAACGUCAACGACGAGUGGACAAAAGAACUUCCCCCUUGCGACGAAGAAUAUGAACCACAAGAAGGAGCUAUCCAGAGCUGUUAUCAGAACAAGUGGGGCGAUGAAGUCGGUUCAGACGAGUUUGGCGCUCACUUCUUGAUGCACAACAUCGAGUUUGGCAAGAUUGCUCACAUUGAAGCGUUCCAUGUCGGGCAAGCGUUCCAGUUCGCCCGCUACUCUUUCCAUUUCCAUCGAUCGGGUAUCCAGCCGAACUCCUACUUCCGCGGAAACGCAGUCUACAACACUUUUAACCGAGUUCUGACCACUCAUGGCAUCCACCAGGCUCUUGUCGAAUGGAAUGUCGGCUACAACGCUAUGGGACACAAUUUCUUCAUCGAAGAUGGCUGCGAAGAAGACAAUAUUAUCCAGUACAACUUGGCCAUCAAAACGAAGCCAUCAAACUCUCUUUUGAAUUCCGAUCAAAAAGCAACUGCUUUCUGGAUUACAAACACAUUCAAUACAAUUCAGCACAACCGAGCUGCCGGAGGUGUCCAAAUGGGAUACUGGGUCAAUCCCUUCGAGAGAGCAUUCCCACACCGAGGACAUCAGCCUCAUUAUCAGACAACCAAGUGCCCUGUUUACCGAUCUGUUAAGAAAUGGUACAAUAACACUGCUCACGACAUGGGUCUCUACGGAUUCUGGGUGAUGACUCUCCAGGAAGGCUCUUCUUACAGACCAAGUACAGUCGAUUGUCAGUCCACCUGGCCACCAGGAGAGGCUAUCUUCGAACGAGGAAUCUUCUGGAAUUGCCUUCGAGGAGCUGAGUUUGCCCUGGUUGGCGAUAAUAUCUGGAUGAAGGGAUUCAUUGCUGCGAAUAACAUUUUGGGUGGUCUUUCCGUUAAAGAAAGUUCUUCUGGCAGAUACGAGGGUGAAUACAAUCAGUAUGGAAUGGGAAUCAGGGACUCCACUGUCAUUGGAUACAUUGACAAAAAUGUGCCUGAGCUUUCACUUUGCACUCGAUUUGGUAUUGAGACUCCGUGGAAACCAGCGGGACAUAUGUCUAUUGAAGGAAUCAAGUUCCACAAUUUCGACGAAGGCGAAGGUCACAACUGCGUCGCAAUCGAUGCUUGUUACUCCUCCUAUCCAUUCGAUUGCGGCCGAACAAGUCAUUUCGAGCGAGUUGAAUACUUUAAUUCGCCGAGAAAAUUCGCCGCUGAUUGGGAGCACGAAACUGUUUUGGUCGAUCGCGACGGAACUCUCACCGGUAAAGGAAUGGCCGGCUGGUCGGUUGUCCCGACAUCUGGCCUCUACCCUGACUCAAUGUGCGAGCCCGCUCCAGAGUUCUCUGUUGAGUUUCCUUGCUCGUUCUGCCAAGGUGUUGAAUUCAUGAGAUAUGGAAUGAAUAAUAUUGCGCCUGAUUCGAUCAUCGGAUUCAACAUGGACGUCGUCAACAGAUAUGGAUCUAGUGUCGUCCCAUUCAGAAACAAGCGAUCUACUCAUGCUGUUGGAUGGAUGGGUCUUCUCCUUGCUGGCGAGACACAUGAUAUGAGUUGGCAGAAGCAUGAACACAUCACGAAUAUCACCUACAGAGGAACAGUCUAUGACAUGGGACAGCACAAGCACACAACUAUUCGACAUCCAUUCUAUCAGGAGGUCGAUGAUGCCAUCGUUGCAGGAAGCAAAAUUCGAGGAUAUGCUGAUUCUCAAGGGCAAAGCUUCAAUGGUCAAGAAGUUGGCGCUCUCGACACUUCGAUGGACCCUCUCACUUAUCACAUUGAUCCUCAGACAUCUGACUUCUCCAUCAUGUUUGCGAAGUCUGAUGCAAUCAACAGCUACUACGAUGUCAACUACAACUUCGAAGUGUUCAAGUGUUUCUGGCCAGAUUGCACUCCACCAACUACUCCACCACCAACAACGCCUCCAACUGACCUGAUCGAAUGUGAUUGGGAAGAUGUUGCUUGUUGGGAAGAUGGAGUCGUCCCAAUCUCUGGCUCUAAUGUCACAAUUCCAGUUGACAAGCACGUUACGCUAAAUACCAAUCUCGACGUCGAUAUUCUCUUCCUGGAGGGAACGCUCACAAUCUCUGACGCUCAAGAUAUAACCAUCAACGUUCGCGAUAUUCUGAUCAACACCGGCGCAGGCGGUCACGAACAGCUCUGGACUCGAUCAGUUUAUUUCCAAAAUGGAAAUCUUUACGCUGGAACUCCCGACGCGCCUUUCAAUUGCGACAGUACUCUUUCUAUCAACUUCAAGGGCGACCGAUUCCAAGAAGAGUUCGGUGCCCCGGCUGGAACCGUACCAAUCGGCGCUAAAACGAUUGGAGCUAUGGGAGGAUUGAGUUUGGUUGGCUGUCCACAGAACACGCCUUACUCGUUCUUGCAGAACUCAGUUUCUGCUGGAGCCACCUCCAUCACUUUGACCGACGAUGUCAGCGCUGAUUGGAAGGCUGGUGACAAGAUCGUCAUCGCCGCUUCAUCUUACGAUGGACGACAAUAUGAUGAGCUGGAAGUUGUUGCAGUUUCUGGAAAUACCGUUGCUUUGAACAAAGCUCUCGCUUUCGAUCAUUCUGGCGCUGACGCCGGCGAGACUUUUAAAACCGAGGUCGUCCAUCUUACCAGAAACAUCAAGCUCGAUGGAAAAACAGAUUCUGAAGACAUGUUCGGUGGCCGAAUCGUUGUGCUUUCUUCGGACGAUGGAAACUCGUUUAGAAAGGGAUGGGCUCAACUCGAAAAUAUUGAAAUGAGUCAUAUGGGCCAGUUCGGUCACACUCGACCGGAUGAUCUUCGCACUCCAGUUGCCUUCUACCAUCUCGGCAGCCAGGCUUCUGCUGACAAUCCUUCCUACAUCAAGGGCUGUUCAAUGUACAAUAGUUAUAAUGGCGGCAUCGCCAUCGGCCUUGGAGUGACAAAUAUGCAAGUAACGGACAAUGUCAUGUUCAACAUCGUUUCCGAUGUCAUCAGAGUUGUCGGCGACUACUCGAUCGUCACCGGAAAUGUUAUUGUGAUGGUCGUCAACCGAUUUUUGUACCAAAACUGGUGGCUCCAGCAGCAGCUUGGAAAUGCUGAAGCUGAACAAAUGAACCUCCCUGCUGGAAUUAAUACAAUCGAAGUGAUGACUGGCACUUUGAUGAACAACCGUGUCGCUGGUGGAGACGGACCUGCAUACAAGGGGCACGCUGAGGAGUGCAGUUUGGCUGAUUUGUGCACAUCAAACUCAUGGCCAAUGAAUAUCAAGAACUAUGCUCACUCAACACUCAGAGGUUAUUCCAUCAUCAAAAAACCAUCUCGAGCUUGUCUUCGAGUCGAAGGCUUCGAGUUCUGGCGAAUUCUGGAUUACGGUGUCUACACACAAGCUGGUGGUUCUAGCGUCCACGUCGUUGGUAAUAAAUUUAUCGAUACUAUCAUCGGUGUUGGUCAUAUUAUGGUCGGCAAUGGUGGCCCACAAGGCGCUCAUGGAAACAUGAAGUAUUCUCUCGACAACAAUCAAUUCAUUGGACGAUCUCAGCAUCAUACAUGCGCCGACUACAACAUUCGACAGCAAGCUGCAAUUGUUACUUCCGGGCUCACUGGCCAAAACAGAGCUCCGCUUUCUGAGUACAACGGACACACUGGUAUCAUGUGGCCGAUUUUCACGGAAAACAACGUCAAUCUUGCUGAUUGCGUUGAUAUGACUUGCGAUGGAAUGAGAAAACUACUUCUCAAGGAUAUGGACGGAACUCUCACAGGAACUGGCUCUGAGACAUCGAUUAUUUCCCAGUCCGAGUAUCAAUGGCGCGGCGUCGACGGCUUCUUCUGGUCCGACAACGUUGAUGACUCAUACGGUCUCGGCGACUACCGUGUUCCAGAAAGUAUGCUUACUAACACAGACGGAACCGUCAUCUCCAUCGACGACUAUGCUCCUCAUAAAGGUCUUUCUCGAGGCGAUAGCUGUACUUGGGACGCAAACUUUCUUGCCUACCAGUGCGUCGGAAGCUCUCGAGCUCAUUUGAUUUUCGAAUCGCUUGACAUGGAUCAAGAAGAACGAAGAGUCGCUCCGAUUGGUUUCCGAUCAUCUAAGGGUUACAUCGAUCUCAGCAAUGGCCCUCACGACAAGUCAUGCUGCGCUGGUUAUUCCUGUUCUCUUCGAGCAACACUCAACCACUUUGUUGCCGAGUGCGGCGAAACAUACGACUUCCAUUGUACUGGAACGACCCCAACGGAAAUUCAGUUUGCAAUGUACAACGUGCCAAGUAGCUGCAAAAUUCGAAUCGCCAUGUUUACCCAUCGACAAAAUCGACAAGAUGUCUUCUUGAAUGGAAACAACAUGAUUUACUCGAAUCAAUACGAUUUUGCGACGCAUAAUUGGAAGUUCCCGAGCCCGGCUUUCAUUCCAGAAGUCUGGCACUCGUCAGGAAGCAACUACUUCGACAGAGCUGAUCAGAUUCUUUACUUUACUCUCGGCGGCGGAGAUAGGCUCCGGGUUAAAAUUGCAAACACCAUCAUUCUCGAGCUCGAUAUGGUCACCGAACUUACAAUCGAAGAGUUUUACUCGUCGCCCGAUCUUCCUUACCUUCUUGCUGCUCUUCUUGGACUUGACCCAAGCCAGGUCAAGGUAGUCAAUGUUCAGAGAGAAAACUGGGUGCGAGCACAAAGCACGUGGUCGUCGGAUAAGACGACUGUCAACAAACCUCACUUGAAGAACGCGAUUAAUGUUCGUGUGUCUAUUGAAUUCGGCAAGCCUCUUGGAACCGUCUUUGGCCGAACCAUUGGCACUCCUGACUUCUCAAAAAUCGGAAGCAAGCUCGUGCAGAAGCAGAUGGAUGGUGAUCUCGAAAACAGCAUCAAAUCAAUUGCCACUUCUCAAGGAAAUGACCUCGAAGUCGUCGCUACUACUUUGACCAGCGAGCCCGUCCAGGGUAAAUCAAGCGACUGGUAUGAAGAGGGCACCCUUGGUGAAGAAAUCACCAUUCUCAAUGAUCUCGGAAUCACAGAAGACGAAGCCCUCGCUGCGGAUAAUGUCCAGCAGAUCGUCGAAAACAAGGCCACUGCAACAGGACAGCAAGACCUCAUUGCAGAAACGACCAUCGAAAAACAAGCUGCCAAAGAAAGCAUCAUCGCAAGUACUACCGAGGCAAAGGUUUAUGACAAGAUCCCAACCUCAAUGAUGAUCAAGCAGCAGCCAGGAGAAGUUGUCGUUAAUCAAAGACCUAAAGAAGGAUUCCAGGUUGUUAUGCUCGAUGAAAAUGGCGAAGAAAUGACAGAUGUUGGAUACACUGGUGAUCCAUUCCGAGUUUCUAUUUAUGAGACAAAUGGAAUGUUCAUUGAUGCGCCGGAGGUUACUUUUACCCCAGGAUCUGGUAUCGCCGAUUUCAGCGGACUGCGACUUCCAAACACUGGUUCAUUCCAACUUACUGCCUUUUUGACGUACUCUGGAACUGAGACUAAUUUCACCAUCCCAGAAGUUACUUCUCAACAAUUCGAAGCAAUCGAAGCUCCUCCAGGAUCCGUCCGAAUCGAGUACAUCAACAACGGAACUGUGUAUGCUCAAGAGCCAUUCCCAGAGAUCUCUGUCCAGAUUUAUGAUACCAACGCCGAGUACAUGGCCUCAUGCGGCCCAGAGGGAGACGAGUGCCGCGUUUGCGUGACAACUCCUACACUUGAAGCUGGACAGUUAACUGGCGGCCUAACUGCGCUUUAUUUGAACGGACGUGCUGUAUUUGACAAUAUCAAAUCUACAGUCGACAAUUCUGCCGUGAUCCUCACUUUCAGUCUUUGCUACAAUCAAGGCGAAGAUACUGUACUCGUCGGCAAAGCCUCAACUGAUCCGUUCGUUGUUCGGCCAAACGAUGACCCUCAGCCGCCUGUUCUUAACAGGUGUGUUGGAAACAACACUUACGAUGAAGAUUUGGUUUUCAACGGAAACCUUGGCAAGGGAAUGGUUCUCUUCAAGGUCCUCCUUGGACGCGGAUCCGACUCAGUUCCUUACUUUGAUGCUUCAUAUGGAUCGGAAAUUUAUCACAAAGAGGGAGAUAAAAUCAGAGUCGCCUGUGACAGCAAAGGAUACGUUACUGGCAUCAAGAAAUUGUAUUCUGGAUUUCAGUGCACUUGCGACGGAGUUAAUCCUUGCACUUUUGUUCAGCUAAAUCCCGACUUCGUUUGCGUCUCUACGGAAGAUGCGAUGCUGCCUGUCUGGGCUGGUGGCGUCUUUAACUUUGUCAAGAAAGUUUAUCCAAGCUACGUUGUUUUGAAAGCGAGUGUUAAGAAUUUGCUGAAAGUUGGCGAGUGGGAGUUUGACCACAUCGACGAGUCUAAGCAUCCUGAGUGGCUCGAUCCCAAUUUCUGGGCAACUGCGGACUUCACUCUUUUUGUGUGGUGCCCAUGGAAUGUGACUCUUGGCGGGCCAGACGGACAGUCGGGAGCUGUCACUUUCCCUGAUUUCUACGAAGGAGAGCAUUCUCAAGACGGAACUUUUGGACUUUUUACAGUCGCGAAGGAACACGACUUUAUAAAUCCAAAGACCCAACCAAAUCGUCGUAUUUCAAAGGGACACCAGAAAAACAUCCUCGCCAAGUACGUCGAGCACUUCCCGAUCUUUGAAGAUGGAGACUUCCGAAGAAUGGUCCACUACAUUAGAUCCGCUCACAAAGAUCUCGACAACUACGAAGGAUACGACGUUCGAAAAUAG